AUGAAGAGGCUUCUUCAAGGCCAGGUAGAUGAGAAUCCAAACCAUGCUCAUCACUGCCAGCUCUCCCCGGUGGAGAUCGAAACGGACAUGUUUGUUUGUGGAAUAAAGAGGAGUUCUGCAAGCACUGAAUUUUCCACUGCUGGAGGGGACUUUCAUCAGGAUGGAGGACAUGAUUCCAAGGGAGUAAGCGAAGUGUGUGUUGGUGAGGUGGAACUGAACUGGGAUGGCUAUGUAAAAAUACCAUGCUCAGUUCAACAGAACAAGAAGGACUUGCAGGGAAGUUCUUCUGAUGCUACGACACAGGCCUCUUCUGAAAGAAAGGGCAGAGUGUCUGAGGGGCAGGACCUUUCUUCCUUGAACAUUACCAUGAGCUGGAGGGAGGUAGCUGAAAGGCAAGGGUGCUUUCCCCAGGAAAAGUCCACUGCGUACAAGAGUCGUCGACGGCAGUCAAGAGAUCGCUCAGCUGAUGUGGUUGAUUACAUUGUUAAAGAGCUCCAGGGAAUAAGUCGCAUCCAGACAGAGAUUGCAGAGCUCCGGCAGCACCUCACCUUGAUAAAAGGCUCUGUGGAUGAAGUCUCCAGCUGCGUGGAUACGGUCUUGAGUGAGAUAGAAGGCCUGCAAGGUGGUUCCACUGGCAAAACCCAGGGUACGCAUGCUCGAGAGUCAAGUAGGGAAGUACACAAGGAAGAACCAGUAUUAUAUUUUUAUGGCAUCCCAGAAAAAGAUGGUGAAAACACAGUAGAGCUUAUCUGCAGCUUCUUGUCUGAAUAUCACUGUUUCAAUGGUAUCCAGUGCAGUAAGUAUAUAAAAGAUGCUUAUAGAUCAGAUACUGGUACAGGCAAGCCAUUAACGCCAAGACCAGCAGUCGUGAAACUUGUCAACUGUGAACAGAGAGACUUUAUUUUACAGAAAUCUAUUGUUCUGCAAAGCUCAGGGGUCCGAAUUGCUACCAGUGAAGAGCAAAAGCAGCAGAAUGGCCAGAGGGGCCGCAAAACAGAUUCAGUCUCUUUGCAGUCUGGCUUCAAGAAAAAUCAUCGCAACUCAGUGAAUCCUGAUGCAGCUCAGAGAACUGAUGUAGUUGGGAACCUUCAAAGGGACUCAUGCCAGAUUAAGUAUAAAAGCACGAGUAGGAAAACACAGUGCAUAGGGGAGAGACUUGAUUCCGUGCAGAAGUCAACCUUGACUAAGAAAAGCAACUUGAUAAGUGAAACUGGGAAGGAAGCACAAACAAUAAGCUGCAGUGAGCAGCCUUCAGAUGACAGUGACAUUGACCAGGCCCUUCAAGAAUCUCUACAAAGUCCACAGGUGAACAAUUUGGCCAAAUUGGGUGAUGGAAAUUACUGCUGCUCAUCUGACUCUUUGGGCCAUGCAAGCCAGAUGUGUGCUUCAAGCAAUGGUAGUGAGCACAGGCUUGACACUGAAAGUGUCCCUCGGAAUUCUUCCCUUGUAGGUAAAGAUGAGGGGAUAACUGCAGAAGAAAUCGAAAUAGACUCUGGUACCCCAUGCAAAUUUACCAGUGUGGAGAAAGUUGAUAUUCAAAGAGAAGAUGUUUCUAGUGGGGUGACAACCAUAAGCUGUGAUCAUACAACAGAUGAAAUGGCUGAUAGUAGUGACAGCUUGAAAGAUAUGAUGCAAAUGGACCUGAAUGAUCAAGAUCCAACUGAUCAGGUCUUUAGGGAUGUCCUGGAAAAUUCUCAGUAUUUCCUUGACCACUCUCGGGAUAACAUUGAUCUUGUAGACAUGAAGUUUUACACUAAUAAGCUUGGGAAAGCAAUUAAUCACUUCAGGUCUGCUCUGCAGGUGGUGUUUCACAAACUGGAGACAAGUGAUUCUGAAAUCCUUUUAGAAAAUGAUAGUGGAUUACAGAUGGAUGAUGACAAUACGCUUAUGCUGACCAGUUCAGGUAUGUGUGGCAGCUCUGACAACUUUGCAGAAACCCCUCCUAGUCAGUCCUCUGAGAGCCAGGCAAACACAGCUGUCACCAGCGAAGCAUCUGCUGAGAUGCACUUUGUUCCUUCCAGUCUUUCCUCUGUUCCACAUGAGCCUCCUGUUUCCAGUUUGAUGCCAUCGUCCGACUGUGAAAUCCCCACUGGGCAGCACUCGCCUCCCGAGGAGCUUGGAGGAGACAUGAACUCUUUACCUGACCCCGCAAAGGAGUGCAGACCCAUGAGCCUUGACAAGGUGUGCGCAGAGACCAUCUACCUGAACAAAUGCAUCAACAAUUUCAAAAAUGUGCUGAGGGAAAAGAGACAAAUGCGUAGGAGACUCUUAAAAGAAUUAGCUCAGGAAGGAAACUGGAUUUCUGCUGAGGAGACAAAUUCAGAAGGAGGUAGAGGAGAGCUCCAGGGUCAAGAUGAGGCUGAUCCAUCAAAACCACCCUGGCUCAAAGGGCCUGCAGGUGGUCUCUAUGGCAUUGAUAGCAUGCCCGAUUUACGCAAAAAAAAGCCAAUUCCACUUGUCAGUGAUCUGGCCAUGUCACUGGUUCAGUCCCGGAAAGCCGGAAUUACCUCAGCAAUGGCCACUAGAACAUCUCUCAAAGAUGAAGAGCUGAAAUCUCAUGUCUACAAGAAGACCUUGCAAGCCUUAAUUUACCCCAUCUCUUGUACAACCCCACACAACUUUGAAGUGUGGACAGCCACAACUCCCACUUACUGCUACGAAUGCGAGGGGCUGCUGUGGGGUAUCGCACGACAGGGAAUGCGCUGCGGUGAAUGUGGAGUCAAGUGCCAUGAGAAGUGCCAAGACUUGCUCAAUGCUGACUGCCUGCAGA